CUCUCACGAACACACAUACACACGUACACACACUCUCAUGAACAGAAGAGGACAGAGGCAGAGCUGCGCAUAGGACACUGACCGCAGCUGCAAGUCUUGUUCUCUCACUCAUUCCCUCUCUUUCUCGCUCUCUCACACACAUUCUCCCUCCCUUGUUAUCUCUCUCUCUCACUCCCUCCCUCACUCUCGCUUGCUCACUCACUCACUCACUCUCUCGCUCUCUCCCUCUAUCUCCAUAGCAGCACCGCGCUAGCAGGAAUACGCCGCCUCCCGCUCAAUCUUCCGCGCGUCCGUACAGCGGCCAUCAAGGGGCUGCGUUUGUUUCUCCUUAUUGUGAGGGCUGAAAGCCUGCUGUGAGCAUGAUGGUGAAGAAAGCCAGGAAAGCCUUUGACUUCAAGAGCUGCCUGAAGAAGAACUGGCUCCUGAUUGCCACCAUUGUGUCGGUGCUGCUAGGGAUUGGCCUGGGGGUGCUUGUCCGGGAAUAUGCCUCCCUCUCCCAGCUCAACAAGUACUACUUUGGCUUUCCAGGAGAACUCCUGAUGAGGAUGCUGAAGCUGGUCAUCCUCCCUCUCAUCAUUUCCAGCAUGAUAACGGGUGUGGCCGCUCUGGAUUCAGAGAUUUCUGGAAGGAUCGGUUUACGUGCAGUCGUUUAUUACUUAUCCACUACUAUCAUCGCUGUCAUUCUGGGCAUUGCUUUGGUGAUGACUAUCAAGCCGGGAGUUUCUCAAAGUGCUGACAGUAUCGACAGGACUGGGUCCACACCUGAUGUCAGCACGGUGGAUGCCAUGUUGGAUCUUGUGAGGAAUAUGUUUCCUGAGAAUCUUGUCCAGGCCUGUUUUCAGCAGUACAAGACAAAGCGUAAAGAGAUAGAGAUUGACGCGAAAUCUGAGGGAAAUGCCACAACAAUAACGACCGUCACAGCUGUCAUGACAACCAUUCCACAGGAGAACAAAACCCUGGAUUACAAGGUUGUGGGACUGUACUCUGAUGGGACCAAUGUUCUGGGCCUCAUCGUCUUUUGCCUGGUGUUUGGGCUUGUCAUUGGAAAGAUGGGGGAGAAGGGACGUGUAUUGGUGGAGUUUUUUGACGCCUUGAAUGAAGCAACCAUGAAAAUAGUUCAGAUUAUCAUGUGUUACAUGCCAGUGGGAAUACUGUUCUUAAUCGCUGCCAAAAUAAUUGAGGUGGAAGACUGGGAUAUCUUCAGGAAGCUGGGGCUCUACAUGGUGACCGUGCUGAGCGGACUUGCCAUCCACUCCAUGGUGUGCCUCCCAGUCAUCUACUUUGCAUUUGUGAGGAAGAACCCCUUCACAUUCGCCUGGGGGAUGGUCCAGGCGUUGGUGACCGCUCUUAUGAUAUCCUCCAGCUCAGCAACGCUCCCAGUGACAUUCAGAUGCGCGGAGGAGAACAACAGGAUCGACAAGAGGAUCACACGCUUUGUGCUCCCAGUCGGAGCCACCAUCAACAUGGACGGCACGGCACUGUACGAGGCGGUGGCAGCCAUAUUCAUCGCGCAGUUAAAUGACUACACCCUGGACGUGGGCCAGAUAGUUACCAUCAGCAUAACAGCAACAGCAGCAAGCAUUGGAGCUGCAGGAGUUCCCAAUGCUGGGCUGGUAACCAUGGUGAUAGUCCUGACUGCAGUGGGCCUACCAGCCAAUGAUGUCACUCUUAUUGUUGCUGUAGACUGGUUGCUAGAUCGUUUCCGCACCAUGAUCAAUGUGUUGGGUGAUGCCUACGGAGCUGGAAUAGUUCAGAAACUCUCCAAGAAGGAGUUGGAGAGGAUGGACCUGACAUCAGAUGUAGAUGUUGUCAACCCAUUCGCCCUGGAGACCACCAUGGAUGACGAGGAGUGCGAGAAGAAGUCCUACGUCAAUGGGGGCUUCACGGUUGACAAGAGCGACGCAAUAUCCUUUACGCAGACCUCUCAGUUUUAGCUCCUGGUGUGCGGUAAGCUAAGAAACCAGCAACAUGCUGCUAUAAAUGUGUGAGAUGAAGGAAGCAACCAUAACAUUAGUGCCAUUACAUGGGAGGAGGUGCCUGAUGCAUUCGACCCUGACUCCAGCAAUAGCCACCAUUAGUUCUCCCCUGGCAAUUCUUCAUAGCUGUCUUUAUAACGAAGCCACUGUGCAUUUGUGCCAAAUAGAGAGGGAAAUUCAGGUUACAAGGACGGUAGUCACAAUGUGUUUCUUCAGCAUGAGGGCUUCCAUUAUGUAUGGAGAUGGAGAUUAAGCAAAUUAAAUUUGCAAGAAAGUUAAUAUGCGUGGUCGAUAAGGUGUGUUUUUAUUCAUAUGCUGUAGAAACUGCACCUUUGUUAUAGAAAGCCUGAUGGAUUAUUGAGUGUGCCUUGCAGUGUUCAGCUCUUCCCCUCAUUGCUAACGUUAAGCGUGUCUGUACUAUAGGAAGCGGUCUGGUAUCUAUAUAUCUGUCUGUCUGUCUGUCUGCCUUUGUGUCGUGUAAGAGAUACUGACUCACUUGAACCUUGCCACUGAACUGUGUUGUGUAUACUUCCUGCAACAAAGAGCAUGGACAGAAAUAAUGAAAAAAUAAGCAUAUUAUAAAUGAACAAUGAACAAGACUGUAUAUUAUUAUAAAUAUACUUUUUUGAGCAUCUAAAAGUUUACUUUUGUGGUACUUCUAAAAACAGUGAUUCUCAACUCUUCUGGAGACCCAGUCCCUUUCAGUACAGCAGACUUUGCAAGAAUGGGUGCAUGCAGGAAAACAAAUAUUUUCAUCAAAUCUUUCCAUUUUCACUCUGCAAGCUGGUUUCUGAUACAGUCAUAUCCAUUACCUCCAUGUCAGUCUCAUUGAGAAUCACGAUUACAUCUAAGGUAUGCUUAAAGACAACUGGUUAACACUUUCUAUGAACGAUCCUUCACAAGAGUGUUAUAACUCCUUUAGAAGCAGUACGCAGGGCAGCAGUCCAGCAUAAUAGGGAACUUGAAUUGUACUCUGAGGCUGUAGGCCAAAUUCCCAAGUGGGGUGCUGCCAUUGUACCCUUGAGCAUGAUACUUAAUCCGAAUUGCUUCAUUAAAUAUCCAGCUGUGUAAAUGGAUGGUAUGUAAAAUGCUGUAUAAGCCGUGUAGGUUGCUCUGGAUAAAAGCAUCUGCUAAAUGCCUGAAUGUAAUACAUAAACAUUCAUAAAUUCUUAUGUCAAUAGUCACAAAUAGGCAUAUUGGGUGUUACAGUAUGCCUACUGAUGCAGGAGGUGAUGUUACCAUGACAUACAAAGUGACAUACCAUAUGUCUUUAUGGUUAUCGAUUUAAACGUUUAUGAAUUUCUAUGUAGUGUGUAUGAAGGUACUAUGUAGUGCUUAUAAAGGAAUUAUGCAACUCUAAGGUCUCAUAGAAGGUGUUAUCAGAAACAGUAAUAUGAAACCAUACUAAAAAUGUAUGUGUGAUCUGAAAUAUUGUGUGAUGAUUAUGGAAAUAUUUUCCAUGCAUAGCUUGAGAAGUGACCACGUACACCUGGGAAUGAGUUUUUUCCUGGUUGAACCACUAUUCCAAAACUUUCCUGGCCCACCAUAUAUUUACUGAUCGAGCCAACUUGAAUGUACAGGUGAAAGGGGUCCUGUCCUCUUUUUUUUUUAGAAAGAAAUAUUGCAUGAAUUAACAAAAGGGAAGUUUAAGAAAUCUAAAUUAACAUGCUUACCAGUUCUUUUGUCUGUGGAAAACAGAAGUAGCAAACAGAAAACAAUGUACAUAAAAUAUAGUAAAAAAUAAGACAAAAUCAUCGAAUCAGCUAGUGCCAUUGUAGAUGACAUAUCAUAUACAUAAGUAUAUGAAAAUAGCUUGAAAUAGCUUGAAUGGUCUGUUUGACUUUCCACUGGCCUAUAUCCUACACUGUGAAUGUAUUUCUGCAAGAACACUGUCACAUGAACAUUGCCUGUCUGUCACAUGACAGCUCCUGAAAGCUAGUUUCCAAAAUAAUUAGUGAACUGUAUUAUAAUUGCUCUAUGGUACAGGAAAAAGUUACUGAAGAUUACAAACACUCAUGUGAAGUAUACAAAACUGGCAAUAGAAUAAAAAUAAAAUGUGACAGUGCAAUAAAUUGUACCCCAAAUUUUAUCAUUUCUGUUAUCUCAUCAGUUAACAUUUUUUCUGGAAAACCAGGCCACGAGGAGUUAUUCGACCAUUACAGGCUACACAUGCAAUUUAUAAUACUAGCGCCAACAAGAAACCCAAUGCAAGCAAGAGCUUAAUUUUAAAAAGAAAUGAUUUUUUUUUUAAACGAGAAAGGCACUGAUGAAGGGAGAUAAAUGUUCAUAAUGUAUAUAAUCGCUUUAAAGGGAAAAUAAAGUGAGCAUUGUAAUUUUAUGUGCAACCGUACGCUUUUUGAUAUGUUUCUGCUCUGUAUACUUCAAAAGCACAUAACUAUAUAAAUAAAUGACAAUACAUAUGCCAUGUACGUUAAUGUUGAAGCACCUACUAGGUGUAUUUAUCUGCCGAUUAAUAAAGAAAACUAAACAUA